AUGAAAAUUGCUGUCGUAGGGUCUGGCGUUUCUGGCUUAGCCGCGACAUGGGCUCUAAACGAACAUAGUCCUCAUGAAGUUCAUUUGUAUGAAGUCGAGGAUCGCGCAGGAGGCCACGCGAAUACCAUCAGUUACAUACCUCCAGGAAAAUCAGACAAGGACGCAGUUGACGUGGAUACAGGAUUCAUUGUCUUCAACCCAACCACAUACCCCAAUUUCCUGCGAUUUCUCCAGCGCAUUCCCACAAUUCGUAUUCUUCAAACUGAGAUGACGUUCAGCGUCUGCAGGGACUCGGGUCUUUUUGAAUGGGCUGGCAAAAAUGUGGCAACCUUGUUCUGCCAGCCGUCACGUCUUCUAGAUCCUGACAUGUGGCGACUAGUUUAUGAUGUGCUCAGGUUCAAUGCUUGUGCACGACGCCUCGUCUCCAGCAAGGCCGCUUCCGACGAUUCAGACUUGUCAAUAGGAGAUUAUCUUGACCGAGAAGGAUACUCUGCAUCUUUCCGGGACAAUUAUUUGAUUCCUAUGACAGCUGCGAUCUGGAGUACACCUCCUGAUAAAUGCCUUAUGAACUUCCCCGCUCGGACUCUGGUACAAUUUAUGAGUAAUCAUCACCUUCUACAGGUUACGGGUAAGCCUUCGUGGCUUACCAUCGAAGGUGGCAGUCGCAAAUACGUUGAUGCGAUAUUGUCACAACUUCCUAAGGAAAGGUUACACCUGUCCUCUCCUGUCACCGCGAUAUGCAGAACAACCCAGGGUGGCCGUAACACCAUCCUUCUGAAGACGCGCAACGAAGAUGCUGUCACUCUAUACGACCGGGUUAUUCUGGCUUGUCAUUCGGAUGCAUGCACUGCAAUUCUGAAAGGCGGACGCGAUCUUCGUGAUGACGAGGAAGACAUCCUCAAAAGUUUCACAUGGAAUAAAAAUGUUGCAGUGCUGCACAGUGACAUUAAUUUGAUGCCAAAAGCUAGGACUGCAUGGUCUUGCUGGAACUACCUCACAUUCUCCAGCUUGAACGACAGGGGUGGACACAAAGCUAACAUAAACAAAGUCGCACUAACAUACUACAUGAACGAGUUGCAGCAUCUGCCAGAGGAUCUUCACGGCCCAGUGCUAGUUACCCUAAACCCACCGACAGAUCCAGACGUCACUAAGACCGCUGCGCGAUUCGCCUACGACCACCCCAUCCUCGACACCAAGGCGAUCAUCGCACAAAAGGCAAUGCCAAAUAUUCAGGGCCGCGGCGGUGUCCUGUUCGCGGGAGCGUGGCUUGGGUAUGGAUUUCAUGAAGACGGGUUCACGUCCGGUCUGCGCGCCGUCACAGAGCAUAUCGAUGGUGUUCAGCUUCCAUUCGAGAUAGCUGGCGCAGAUCGCGAACCUCGCGCUGUCUUCAUUGCUCCGUUCUUCGAUUUCUUGGAAGUUACUGGUAUACGCGCCAUAGUUGGCACAGCUUUGAAAUUGGUGCUCCUCCUGGUCAAGUUUAUCGUACAUUCAUAUCAAGAGCUCUGUCAUAUACAGUAG